UGAAGUCCUGAGGACCUGAGCCACCCUUCUGUUUCUCACCGAUCUAUCCUCAGCUGGCGCGGUAAUCUCUCGUUUCUCAUUACUCAGACUCAAGAGGCAGAGCAGAUGCUAUUUGAGUAUCGAGGAUUCAGAUUGUAACCGGGAACCCUAGAAAUGCGAAGUUAGGGAUUCAAAAGCUCAAGUGGUAGAAUAAUGGUGAAGCAAUCCAACGCCUUGAUGGCAAUGCCGAAGAACAAGUGGCCAUUGCUACUAUUGGUAUUGUUUUCUCUUUCAACGGUGAUGGUGGUCUUCUUGAGAGCCACAUCUGAUUCCUGCAACAGGAGCACUGGCAAUAGCACUGAACAGCUUGGAUCAGAAGAUGAUCAAGGAAAGGCUCCCGUUCACACUACCGUCCAAGUCGGAAAUUCGGCACCAAGUCCUUUGGAAUUCAUGAAGUCUAAACUUGUUCUCAUGGUUUCGCACGAGCUCUCUCUUUCAGGAGGGCCUCUAUUGUUAAUGGAGUUAGCAUUUUUGUUGAGGGGCGUUGGUUCUGACGUUGUUUGGAUCACUUAUCAGAAACCUGCAGAACCUGACGAGGUGAUUUACAGUUUAGAGAAUAAGAUGUUGGACAGAGGAGUGCAGGUCUUCCCUGCCGAUGGUGAAAAGGCUAUAGAUACAGCUCUUAAAGCCAAUCUGGUCAUUUUAAAUACUGCUGUAUCUGGGAAGUGGCUGGAUGCUGUUUUAAAGGAAAAAGUUCCCAAUGUUCUUCCAAAGGUUUUAUGGUGGAUUCAUGAAAUGCGAGGGCAUUAUUUCAAAGUGGAAUAUGUUAAGCACCUCCCUUUUGUUGCAGGUGCCAUGAUUGAUUCACACGUAACUGCAGAAUUAUGGAAGAAUAGGACUAGGGAGCGUUUAGGGAUCAAAAUGCCUGAAGCUUAUGUUGUGCAUCUCGGAAAUAGCAAGGAACUGAUGGAAGUUGCUGAAGAUGGUGUAGCAAAGAGGGUUCUUCGUGAGCAUGUCCGGGAAUCUUUGGGAGUGAGAAGUGAUGAUAUACUUUUUGCCAUCAUAAAUAGUGUUUCACGCGGUAAAGGGCAGGAUCUAUUUCUUCGUUCCUUCUAUGAAAGUCUGAAACUGAUCCAGAAGAAGAAACUACAGGUGCCAGCACUGCAUGCUGUAGUUGUGGGGAGUGAUUUUGGUGCACAUACAACAUUAGAACUAGAACUGCGAAAAUAUGUGGUAGAGAAAAAGAUUCAGGAUCGUGUUCACUUUAUUAACAAAACCUUGACGGUGGCUCCUUACCUGGCUGCUAUUGAUGUUCUUGUUCAGAAUUCUCAGGGAAGGGGGGAAUGUUUUGGGAGGAUAACCAUUGAAGCAAUGGCCUUUCGCCUGCCUGUACUGGGCACUGCUGCUGGGGGGACGAUGGAGAUUGUGGUAAAUGGGACAACCGGUUUGCUGCAUCCCGUUGGAAAAGAAGGCGCGAUGCCUCUUGCAAAUAACAUCGUAAAAUUGGCAACUCAUGUUGAGAGGAGGCUGACCAUGGGAAAGAAAGGUUAUGAUAGAGUGAAGGAGGUGUUCAUGGAGCGGCAUAUGGCGCAUAGGAUUGCUUUGGUUUUGAAGGAAAUUUUGCGGAAGGCCAAGAGGCACAAUUGACCGGUUUCGAUAUUUAGCUCUUGAAUUGUGAAUUAAACUCCACAAAAAAAAAAAUGUUCUGGUGAUUGUAUGCUUUUUAUGGCCUUUGUGCCACAUGUUGGAAAAUUUUUCAGUGUGUGCUGUAUAGAUUUGUUAUACGAUUCGAUUA